GGAUGAUAAAGCAGAGGGAAUAACUGAAUAACUGCAAUUCCCCUUCAUAAGGAUGUAAAAAGAAAUGUUUUAAAUAUUAAAGCGAAGGAUGUGUAAAGUUGUGCUAAAACUUUGAAUUUACGCAGAAGCUAUGGAAGAAGACAAGAGUGAUAUUCAGUCAGAGAUUGAAUUUGACAUCAGUUCUAAAGAAUACCAUGCGGCGAUAACUCGAAGUCACUAUGUGGACGUGGCCACUAGAACCUGUUGUCAGAACAAGGCCUGUGGAAUCGUGUUUGGGUUUCCAAGUUUCCGGCGUCCUCAUCACUGUACGAGAUGUGGGGAUGUGUUCUGUCGACCAUGUCUCCAGUAUUUUCGCCGCCUGAAUGUGAUGGCCCAGUUUGACCCGUUUGGAGUUCUUGCAAAGGUGUGCAUGUCGUGCUACGAGGAGCGGUCUGUCUGCCUACUAGGUGUAACGCGGUCAGUAACGGACUACUUUCUCGAGUAUAGGGGAAAGGACAGAGAGGAACAGCGUCAGCUAACCUGUGAUCUUGUUCUUCAAAAGGAAAAGUGUACUACUAUUCGGAGAUUUUGGAGGGACCAACUGACAGUGGACAUAUACAAGGAGUGCCAACGGCUCAUAGACGGCUUUAGUAAGGCGGUGGGGACCUCUGACACAAUGAUGGCGCUCACGGAACUCCGGAAGAUUCUUUCAGUCCCAAGCUGGCAAAAGUCAACAUUCUGGCAGCUGGACAGUGGGGUCACAGAAUGUCGUGGCUGCGGAAAGAGACUCGGGAGUAAGAGGAAACAUAAUUGCCGUGUAUGUGGAUUGGCCCUCUGUAAACACUGCUCGGUUAAAGAGUUGCUGUUAUAUUUCACGGACGACAAGCCAGAUCGGCCAAGACUGGCCAUUAUCAGACUCGAGGGAUGUCCGGAAGUGGAACCCCGAUAUUCGCUACUGUUGUCCUGCUGUAUGCAAUGCAAGCAGGAGAUUGCCGGGAACCAGACGGACAACCCAGACUGGUUCUUGUUACCCCCUGGUUCACUUCGGCCGGAGAGCUAUCAAUUCGAGCAGCUAAUUCUUUUUGAUGACGUAUUCCAGCGUCUGGAGCACCAGUUCCGGACGACGGAAGUUCAUGACAAUCUGGACGUUAUUGAUGGAAGUAAGAACGAACAGUCUGAGGAGAAAGAAAACGACAAUCAAGUAGCAGCACGUCAGGAUUGCCUAGAAUCCUACAAAUCUACGUAUUUCCAACUGAACGAGAUGUACAAAUCUAGCAAGUGUAUACUAUCUCAUACCAGAUCGAAGGUUAUACAGAAUGUAUUAAUGGCAAAACGAGAUUCGUUUAUUGGGAUGUCACGAAAGGCAUGCCGAAAAGCAGAAGGAUGAUAUGCAUGUGUAGGUGUAUAUCUAUAUGUAAAGGAAGCUUGGCAGCGUAGAUUGCAAUCACCAAUAUUUUAGUUUAUGUAAUGCUUUCCGGUGAUUUAUAGAGAUUUGUCAAUUAUAAAAAAGUAAUUCCACAAUGAAAAAGCAUUUUUAAUAGCAUUUUUGUAUUUUUCACUGUUUUUAAAUUGUCAAUCAUCAGCGUAUAAUUUGUUUUUAUUUGUAUAUGCACAAAUGCAAACUGCAAUACGUUUUUUUACUCUUGUAUCAGUAUUGUCACAAAAGCAAGGUUUUACAAAAUAUAUUUAUAUCCAUAAUAUACUUUUUGCUCAAUACGUUUAAUUGCAGAUUAGGUAUAUACCCGUUGUAUUCAACGAUAUGUGUGUAAAUUGUCAUGAAAUCUUAAAGGCCUAGUUUAAGGAAUGUUUUGCAUGACAAUCCCCUGCUGUGCAUCUCCUGCUAAUUGCAAUGGGCCAUUUAGGGUCCAUUUCUUUAAUAAAACCUCGAAAUUGCACAUCAGGUUACUCAGAUCAGAGAUCUGAUAAGUCAAUUAUGCAAUAAGAUUAAGAUCAAUACACAGAAGUUGUGAUUUUUUUUGAUUUUUUUUUGGGGGGGGGGGGCUUAUAGAAGGAUUAAACUAGGCCUUUAACGUUGCUACAACUGUUAAUAUUAUAAUUAUAUAUGCAAGCUAAGUUUAAUUAUGAUUGUGAUAAAGGUUGUCGUCAUUGGGUGUAUACAAUAAGGAUAGUAUUAAAUGAUUUUGAUUUUAGUUAUGUUAAUGAUGAUAUUCAGAAAAGUGAUUUUAAUAUAUUUAUGAGAAAUGAGCACAGUAUACGAUAUUUAUAGAAUUUUAAGACUAGUCUUGAAUAUGAAAGUAAUUUUGCCCAAAAGUUUACGAAUUUUCUUUUGUAGACUUCGACUUUGCACCGACUUCAAAUUUAAACCGGUAGAUAUGUUAUAAAUAGUAUUGUACGAAACAAAAGAUGUUAUAAUUCAAACGAUAUUGAAGAUGAAUUUCAAGUUGUCUGUGUGAGUCCAUCAUAUAUUCCAAAAAAGCGUUUGUGUUUAAAUAGUUUUAAUUGUUGCAAUCAAAUAAUAGAAGAAAGCUUAUUAAACUAUGUCUAUUUGUAAAAGAUCCUCCCAAAGUAAAUAAGCUGGCAAAGAUGGUAUCCUCUAAAUAAAUUUCAAUAAUAACACGAUUUGAUGUUACGCAUUUUUUUGGUAUGUCUACUCGUUUGUACUAUAAUGUUAUUAAUUAGGUGAGUUCAUAUUGGCCUAGUCAUUUGUCUAGUAUUUUAUUAAUUAACUAUUACCAUUUUCACAUUGAAGCCGUAUUUAUCCCUUAUUAAUUCAUGGUGUCUGCUUUUCUAGACUUGACUUUGCUGACUUUGACAUGCAUCCUUAAAGUGAAAUUGCACAUACUUAUGAAUAAAGCAUCGUACAUUGUAAGGAAGCAUGUCAUUUCGUCUUAAUUUCGUUAAUCGUUUGCCAAAACGUCAAAUGUUACACCUUCGUCGUCCAUUUUGUCGGUGUACAAAAUCGAAAUAGUCUUAAAAUCCACCAACGGGUUAAAUACAACUGUAAUAUAAACCGUACAAAGUGGUUUUAUCAUUCAAUAGGUUCAAGUAUUCCAUGUAAGUUUAUACGAAGCACAAAUUUUUCCAAAACAUUCGGAAAACGGAAAACAAAAUGGCUACCUUUAAAAAAAUCCAGCAUAUUUCUCAUAUCAGGCGAGUUUUGACAGCCAAAGAAAAUGGCCCAUUUCUCAAAUCCUAUAUAUGGCGAGUUUUGUAGCCAAUCAAAUCGGAGGAAACUUAUAUAAGCCGAUUUUUGUUUAUAUUGGCCAAGUUUGAUUGAUAUUGAGCGAGUUCUGGCAUAUAUUGUCUUCAAUUGUCUGGUAUUUGUACCGUAAUUGUCUCUGUAUCUCGACAAUUACGUAAUUGUUGAUUAAUAAUACAUUGUCACAAUGCAAACACGUUG